GAUGGAUCUAGAGGGAGCUAGGCAGAGAGCAGCACAGAGCUGAGGAAAGCCAGAGGAAAUGCGGAGUCUUCCAGUCCUGCUGUGGCUGUGUGUGGCAGCCUGCUCUUCCUAUCCACUGGAUGAAGUUGCAGGGGAUAAGGACACCAUCAUGGAGCUUCUUCAGAAAUAUCUAGAAAACUACUAUGGCCUUGAAAAAGAUGUGCAACAGUUUAAGAUAAUGGACAGUAGUCCUGUUAUUAAAAAAAUCCAAGAAAUGCAGAAGUUCCUGGGGUUGGAGAUGACGGGGAAGCUGGACUCCAGCACCAUGGAGGUGAUGCACAAGCCCAGGUGUGGCGUUCCGGAUGUUGGUGGCUUCUCUACCUUUCCCGGCACGCCAAAGUGGAGGAAAAACCAGGUUACUUACAGGAUUGUGAACUACACACAAGAUUUAUCGAGAAAGGCUGUAGAUUCCGCCAUUGAGAAAGCUCUGAAAGUCUGGGAGGAGGUGACUCCGCUCACAUUCUCCAGGAUUUAUGAAGGAGAGGCUGACAUCAUGGUCUCCUUUGCAGUUAGAGAACAUGGAGACUUCGUCCCCUUUGAUGGGCCUGGGGGAGUCUUGGCUCAUGCCUAUGCACCUGGGCCUGGGACUAAUGGAGAUGCUCACUUUGAUGAUGACGAACAGUGGACAGAGGAUACAACAGGGACCAAUUUAUUCCUGGUUGCUGCUCAUGAACUUGGCCACUCUCUUGGCCUUUUCCACUCGGCCAAGCCUGAAGCUUUGAUGUACCCAGUCUACAAACCUUCCACAAACUUGGCCGGGUUCCAGCUUUCUCAAGAUGAUGUGGAUGGAAUUCAGUCCCUCUAUGGCUCUCCGCCAGCCUCCAGUGAUGUCCCUGUGGUACCCUCCAAGCCUAGCUCUCCAAAACCUGGGGUGUCAGCCAUGUGUGAUCCUGAUUUGUCCUUUGAUGCAGUCAGCACUCUCAGGGGAGAAAUCUUGUUCUUUAAAGACAGGCACUUUUGGCGCAAAUCUCUCAGGACUCCUGAGCCUGGAUUUUAUUCGAUCUCUUCAUUUUGGCUGUCUGUUCCUUCAAGCAUAGAUGCUGCAUAUGAAGUCAUUAGCAGAGACACUGUUUUCAUUUUUAAAGGAACUCAGUUUUGGGCCAUCCGAGGGCAUGAGGAGCAAGCCGGUUACCCAAAAAGCAUCUACACGUUGGGGCUCCCUGUAACAGUCAGUAAAAUUGAUGCAGCCAUUUCUGAUAAGGAAAAGAAGAAAACAUACUUCUUUGCAGAGGAUAAAUACUGGAGAUUUGAUGAGAGGAAACGGACCAUGGAACCAGAGUUUCCCAGGAAGAUAGAUGAAGACUUUCCAGGAGUGGGCUCAAAGGUGGACGCUGCCUUUGAAGCCUUUGGGUUUUUCUAUUUCUUCAGAGGAUCUUCACAGCUGGAGUUUGACCCAAAUGCAAAGAAAGUGACCCAUGUUUUGAAGAGUAACAGCUGGUUUAAUUGUUAGGAGAGGUGCCAGGAAGACACAAUGUGUGUUAACUGAAGUUCUUCAUCUAAGUCUUUGUGACUUGAAGUGCUGUGUUUCCUCCACUGUGUGCUGUGGCAGACACAAACUGGGGGCUAAGCACCCUCCUGUUCAGCCUCAGGUUAUCAUAGAGCAUUCAGAAGGGCUGCUGACUUGUAUUUUGUCACUUGGCGAGGAGGGGAGGCACUCCUGGACCACAGUUAAGUGACUGUAGCUAUGUGGACUAUUUCUUGUUAUUUAAUAAAGAUGAUAUAUGGUUUAUUUAAUCAUGA